AUGUCCGUGGCCGAGCACAGACGUAAUGGCAAGGCCGCGUCCUGCGAACCUUGCAGAAAAGGCAAAAUUCGGUGUAAGCGCACCGGCAAUCGUUCCUCGCCUGACAAACUGACAUUACACUCCGCUCUCUCUUAGGUGACCAUCAGCGGCCCGUAUGCGGACGCUGUAAGCGUCGCGGACUGGUUACACGAUGUUUCUAUCACCCGGCUCCUCUGACUAGGCCGCGUACUUUCGACGAAGAAGCGACAGCUACUCGGACUUCGAAUCGCACUAGGAGUUACACGCCUACAGCAAGUCCUCCAAGAACUGCUGUCGCUCCUGACACAAGCAUCAAUGCAGCGCCGUUGUCACGACCAAGUGCGAUCUCGCAUGGCGUGCAGACGCUCUCUCUCCCAUGGUCGCCUAUGACGCCCAAUUCUCAAGGUCAGCUGCUCCCGCCUCAUGGUAGACCGUCUUUCGAAGGCCCGUUCCGCGAAGAGAGACUCAGGCCUGUGAAGGAUCUGCUGCGCCACUUAUCCCACUAUCGCUUCAUACAGAAGCUGCUGGUCAAUUAUGGCUUAAACUCUCAGGCGGCUAAUGUGCCUGCGCCAAUUCUUAAUGCUUUCGGCGAAUCUCUAACGCAGACCGCGUCCAAAUACUCUCUUGACGGCACUGUGGAUGAAGUGGAGACAUGUCGUCUCGUGAACGAUGUAUUGCGUAACACUUCGAAGCCCAUAUCCGUCACACCAGAUCUAGACUGGAAACGGUUUGUGGCUCUCUUUACCGGCGACAACUUACGGCUGGAAGCCGUCGGACUGAUGUACGCACUGACUGCCCGUGCAUGCUUACUGGGUCUUGCAUGGGACGACGAUAAGCGAGAAGACUUCGUUCACGCCUUGCGCAAUGCAAGUGCUACUUGUCUAAACAUUGUGCGCGAGAUCGCCCCCAACAUCACGGACGUCCUAUUGUGGCAUUCGUUUGAUCAUGUCAGGCUUUGCACCCAUAUCGAUGGAGAUGCUAGUAUGUGACAAGGAACGUACAAACUACAUUUGCAGUGCUUGCUUGCUGAUUUCGAGAAUAGGCUUGGCCGUCUACAGGCGCCUAGGGGAAUUGAGUACCGAUGUCUUCGAAUGUGGCAUCCAUCGAGAAUCGACUAUCACGGCAGACACACCGGUUUUCCUAGCCGAGUGCAAAAGGAGAACCUUCGCCGCCUGUUACCACAUAGACAAGUUUGUGUCGACUCUGAUAGAUCGACCGCCCCGAAUACCCAAACGAUACUCUGAUUGCAAGAUGCCUCUUGACCUUGCGGACCACGACCUGCUAGCCGAGCCGGCGGCACUGGAAGCUGCGAAACGCAAGCUGACCAUCGAAGGCUGGAAUAGUGCAGGGCACUAUGUUCCAACAUCAUGGCAGCGUGUACGCUACAUGUUGGGCAUCCUCCGAGAAGAAAUUCAUGAAUUUCAGAUCCAGCCUUCGAGCCAGGAGAACACGCUCAAUCUCAGGUAAGUAGACACAUGCCUCGGUAACCUUUACUCCAGCCUCUACGACAAGGGGAAAAUUAUUGAGCGGCCGCUGCGGCUGGCUUCAUCUUGUUUCUUGUUUGACUCGGAGUGACUCUGGUCUGGCUACGAAGAUCGGAAUGCAACUACCUUGGCACGUGGCAAGACGCUGUGCGCUGACGUCUUUCGCAGGGAUCUCGCUCGUCGAUGCCGAGAGUCGCAGGAAUCGCUACCGUCUCACCUUCGCUACGAUCCGCAGUGCUGGCACUCAGGUCUAUCUGUGAGCAUCUGCCUGAUGCUGACGGUACUACACCUCAACUACCUCCAGAACUACUUCCAAGUCCAGAGACUCCUCGCCAAGAGCGACAUCGAGGCCUCAACUGUUGUGCUUCAAGUUUCGGCGGAGUCUUUGGCCACAGUACUACAGAUUGGAACUCAUUUGAAUCGAGCUAUCUUCAUGGUGCAUGAUUUUCCAUACGUGGUAAGCACUUCGCACGGUACGGCGAUACUUCCCAAAGCUAACAGAAUUCAAGGUGCUCUGUUACGGCUUGCCAGCUGCCGCGAUUUUGAUGACCACCCUGCAAAAUGUCACAAAGAGCUCCCCCACAGGCACGGAGUCCUCUCUGCCACCGGGCUUGAGCAGAUCAACUCUUCUCCGACAUCUGUCCGUCUUCAUAUCUCACCUCGACAGCAUCUGCAGUCCGGGAGACGGCAACUAUGAGCUCUGCAUUCAGGCAUCAAAAGUCUUGUCUCGCAUUCUAGACGAGAUAUUAGACACUCCGAAUGCUUCGUCAUCAAGCACCUUUCAGGAAACACCGGACUUGCUUACAGCAUCAAACGCGAAUGUCGCAACGCAGGCCAACACUGACAACAUGAGUGUAAUGAUGGAUAUGGACAAUUUUGCCGACAAUGGCGAAGACUUGGAUGGGAUCGACCUCGCAGCUUGGGUGAAGAGCAUCGAUUGGACUAGCAUUGGCGGAGAAUUCAGCACAGUUUAA